UUUUCUUUUCAAAGAAUUGUUGCGCAUGUCAGCUAAGAUCAGAUAAAAUCAGAAGCCUAAACAAAUGGAGCAAGCCAACUGGUGCAGAUUUUGUCCAUGCCCAUAAACAGCUAAGUGAAGAAAAAACUGAUCAUGGGAAGGGACAAAAUACACGCCAGAAACAUCAAGACAUAAAAACAAGAUGCCAAAAUUAAAAAAAGCAAAGUGCCGUAAUAAGCCGGCAAAAACAAAAGAAAAAAGUGAAAAAGUCAGGCAAAGACAAGCUGUGUUUGAGUCUCUAGCGCAUCACGUCUCUGUGGAGCUGGAUGAGGCCUAUGUGGAGUUUACAGAUGGGAUGGACUCGGUUGAUAACAUCACACCUGAGGGCGUGGUCACCCACAUCAAGAGUGAGCCAGGAGGGGAGGACCUCGCACAUUACGUCCACGAUAAAGACUCUCCCUUAACUGACCAGGGGCAUGACGGCUUAAACAGAAAACCUGACCAGGUGGUUGUACAUGUACCUUAUAUAAAAACAGAACCAAGUGACUCGAGUGAGAAUUAUGUACACAGUGAAGACAUUGAAAGUCCGGGUCUACUUGGAAGUCAAGAGACGGACCACAUCAAGCACCUAGCCAGGCAGAACAUCGCCUAUGCACACGUGGUGUCCAGUUUUAAUUUUGAACAUGAAUGUGUGAAGAGGGAAGAACUCGGUGAAAAUGCUGACAAAGAAGAAGAACAACAACAACAACAAAGCGAACAACGAGACCAUUUUACCAUGCCUGUUGCGGUUAUCAAGCUGGAGAAAGUGGACCUGGCAUCUCCGUCAAACGGCGUCUCCAGACUGGAAGGGAAUCUUGAUGGAGAUGCCUCAAAAAACAAUUAUUCAGGAACCACGUAUCCGGCUGAUGGCCUCGGUGUGGAGGACACAGGCUUUUACAUCAGGUUGGCACCAGACAGCCAGUACGAGACUGAAACCUACUCGGUUACCGUAAAUGAUGGGUUUGACGGUCAACUAGAGGAUGUAGUGCCCGACAUGAAGCCAGACGUCUCUGACGACGCCUGGGAGCUGCAUUCAGAACUCCCCCAGCCAUUUCCCGUGUCUUUACACACAAAUAUCCACACUGGGCGGCAGCAGCAGCAAGAUUUGGACCAAGACAAGACCAUCUCUACAGCUGGAACCAAAUUGAAAAAGACUCGUGCGAGUAGCGGUAAAAAAAGCACUGGCGGUUCUUCCCGAAAAGGUGUGAAGAGAAAAAACAGUAAAUAUUAUGCCCAUUCCUAUGUCAAUGGCUCCCUGGUGACUUCAGGGGCUGGAAAGAGUAAGAAAAAGAAGAGAGGACCGAAGUCCUCAGAUAUGUGUAAAUACUGUGGGGAGUGGCUGGGGCUGUCCCAGGACAACUCGGGGGUGAAGUGCACGCGGUGCCAGUCUGUCUUCCACUGUGAGGGCAGCCUGGUGCAGCACCAGAAGUCUCACGCACCACGCACCGUCCCCAACGCUAAGGAGGACAGGCCGUACUCCUGCAUUUACUGCGGCAAGCAGUUCACGCAGAAGGGAAACUGCAAGGAACACGAGCGCAUUCACACGGGGGAGAAACGCUACCAGUGCCAGUACUGCGAUAAGAUGUUCUACACCAAUAGUAAAGCCACGGUGCACGCGCGGAUUCACACGGGAGAGAAACGCUUUCAGUGCAGUUACUGCGACAAAAGAUUCACUGAGAGCAGCAAAUGCGUUCGUCACCAAAGAAUUCACACUGGGGAGAAACCGUACAAGUGUCAGUAUUGUGACAAGGCGUUUUCUGUGAAGACAAAUUGUUCAAUUCAUGAAAGGCUUCACAGGCGAGAUAAACCUUUCGAGUGUCAGAUAUGUGGAAAACGCUUCGCACAGAACGGGAACCGUAAGGAACACGAGAAAACUCACGAGAGAAAGGAAAUUAGGAAAAUGAAGAAACUGAUGAAGAGUAAUGUAGAUAAAGAUUUGGACAAAAUAUUGCAGAAGAUGAAAAAAGAGAGAGACGAAACGAAAUCUAGUAGCGAAUUGGAUGAUAAAAAUGAAGAGGGUGGCGGCCCCGGAUUAGAAGAGACAAGUGGGCAUCUUUAGUUUUAUCAGUUGAAUGUAAUGUAUAAGUCAACAUUUUAUUAACAGCACCGCAUUUUGUUAUUGUGAGCCCAAGAACUGUAGCGUGCGACGUUAAUUAAUACUCCGAGGUUCUAUUCCAGCAAUUGCAUGACUGUAAAACCACAGUUUUCUCAGCUGGCGUGAGCAUUACAUUUCCUCUACAUGUAGAAGUGAUAGUGUUAGCAAGGUGGUAUUGUAAAUGGCAUCGUUUACAUGCAUGUUAAAACGAGAAAAAUGAUUGUUAAACACCGUGUCUCUGUUGUGUAAAUAUUUAAGGGUUGUAUCGCUGAGGUUUACACCGGUCCAUUGCUACUCUCUACCAGGGUCACAGGGACGGUUGCUUUCGUGGGAUAUUCACAGGUAGUUCAAUGGCUAGUCCAAUGAGGAUUAAAAAAAAA